AUGCUCAGACGGCGUCAAGCACAGCUGCUCUCAAGCUUGCCAGUUAGAAUAAAUUCGUACGGGAUCAAGAACAUCGCAGCUGCAGAUCGAGCUCGAAUCCAAGCCUUACAAGCUGGUGGUAGCUCUUCCAUCAAUGCAAACAAUACUGGGACGACAUACACCGCUAACAUUGGUGUGGGGAGUCCAGCAACGUCCUACACACUCCUGGUAGACACCGGAAGUUCAAACACCUGGAUCGGGGCCAACAAGGCUUACGAUAAGACUUCCACGAGCCAAGAUACAGGCAAUGCAUUCUAUGUUACAUACGGCGAUAACAGUUACGUUUCUGGAGAGGAAUACACAGACACGGUAACGCUCAACUCUGAUCUGGUCAUCGACCACCAAUCUAUUGGCGUCGCAUCUGAAACUUCAGGGAUGGGUGAUCUGGAUGGAAUUCUUGGCCUUGGACCGGUUGAUUUAACUGAGGGCACCGUCAGCAAUACAAAUGAAGUUCCAACUGUGAUGGACAACCUCUAUGAGCAGCAAACAAUCAGUUCGGAAGUACUCGGAGUGUUCUUCGCACCUGCUUCUUCUGACGAUAGCGGUGGCGAGCUCACAUUCGGUGGUUAUGACGCCUCCAAAAUUACUGGAGACAUCAAUUAUGUAUCGAUCACAUCAACAUCUCCAGCGAGUACAUAUUGGGGCAUUGAUCAAUCCAUCAACUAUGGGUCUACGACCAUUUUGAGUGAGACGGCUGGUAUCGUUGAUACUGGGACCACCCUCAUUCUCAUUGCCUCUGACGCCUUCGACAAAUAUCAGUCCGCUACGGGUGGAACCCUCGACGAGAGCACUGGUUUAUUAAAGAUCUCAUCCGACCAGUACGACCAGCUCUCAUCCUUGUAUUUCACUAUUGGUGGGGUUACUUAUGAGCUCAUCCCGAAUGGGCAAAUUUGGCCUCGAUCAUUGAACACUGCCAUUGGCGGUACCACCGACAGCAUAUACUUGGUCAUCAGUUCCACUGGGAGCUCCUCUGGUUCUGGCUUAGAUUUUACGAACGGCUAUUGUUUCCUCGAGCGUUUUUACUCAGUGUACGACACGACGAACUCCCGAGUCGGGUUCGCCACCACUGAGUACACCAGUGCCACGACAAACUAA